AUGGACCCCAACGCAGAGGACAAGCCCAAGUCGGUGCAGGUCGUAGAGCUCGACGUGGAGCCUGCCCGUGAUAUACCCCAGGAGCCCGUUCGAAGGGCUGAUUUCGGUCGAACAGAGAAUCCUAUAGUGCCACCUACUAUACAGGCUCCCCUGGCGAGCUCCAUUUUCAGACAGGCAUUGGAGCCGAAUACACCCCCUCCAACCGGCCCUGCACUUGCAGCAGAGCCUAUAACAGAAGACCCAAAGAAGAUCAAGCAAUGGCAAGAGGAAGAGUUCCAUCGGAGACUUCGUGGCGAGUACGAACAGGCUCAAAGACGCGUGGGUGAUGUGGUGACGGACAACAUGGAGCGUCCCCUCCGUCUGACAUCCAUACGCCUCUCCCCUCCCCCUCCCACCACCCGCGCCUCAUUCACAUCCUCUCUGUUAUCCCCCUUCAUAUCUCGACCCAACCCGAACCUUCCAUCAUGGCUCAACCCUGCCCCGCCGCCUCCGACGACACUGCACGAGAUCCUGCUGUCUACGAGGGCGUUGGUGGGCCAUGUGGGACAAUUUGGAGUAUACGAUAUGGACCGGGUGAAUGUAAAGCUGGAGCCUAGACGAGGUGGAGAUCCGGAUGAAGUCGAGAUGGUCCUGACUUUGAGGGAAAAGGGACGGUUAUUCUUGAAGGCUGGUACCGAGGUUGGUGGGGGCGAGGGUGGUGGUAACGUCACUGCUAGAAUACGGAACGUCUUUGGCGGAGCCGAAUCCCUCGAAGGAACUGCUUCUCUCGGCACCAAAACCAAACACGCCUACCAACUCUCCCUCUCCUCCCCCAUCUUUGCCUCUCCUCUCCUAAACUUUGCCCUCUCUGCAUUCUCCCUGGAUCGAGACAAUUCGGCUUUUGCGUCGCAUAGAGAGAGGUCGCAGGGUGGGCGAGCGAACUUGAGCAUGAUUGCGCCCUGGGGUACGCAUGAUUUGCAGUAUGAGCUCAUCAGUCGAGAGGUCGACCGGCUCUCUCAUGAUGCUUCCGUCUCGGUCCGUGAGCUUGCUCAGCCAUCUACGAAAUCAUCCAUCUCCCACACAUACACCUCCGAUACCCGAGACGACCCCUGGAUGGGCACAGCCGGCCGCCUACUCAAAGUAACCCACGAAUACGCCGGACUCCCAGGCUCCGACAAAUUCGCCCAUUUCCUCAAAACCGUCACCCAAACCCAACUCUCACGAGAACUCUUCGCCGGGUCCGGCGUACACUUCUCCCUCGCCUCUCUGACUACUUUCCUCUACCCUCUUUUCCCGCACUCGCCCACUUCACAAUCGACUACGUAUCUCUCCGACCGGACGUUCUUGGGCGGGCCGAACUCGAUUAGGGGUUGGAAAGUCGGCGGGAUGGGCAGGAGGGAUGGGCCGGAUAGUUUGGGCGGGGAUAUGAGCUGGGGCAUGGGUCUGUCGUUGCUGGGGCCGAUACCGGGGAAACCGAACUGGCCGGUUAAGUGGCACGGGUUUAUCAACGGUGGAAAAGUCUCAGCUUAUGACACUUCCCGGUCAUUCGUCGACAACAUUACCAAAAUGUACUCUUCUCCCUCCCUCUCUGUCGGACUCGGUCUCGUUUACAGGCUUGAUCCUUUGCGAGUCGAGGUCAACUUUGCUGUUCCUCUUAUUGGGCGAAAGGGAGAGGCGUUCAGUAGGGGAUUGGGAGUCGGCGUCGGGAUCGACUUUUUGUAG